GUCGCAUGGUAAAAAAGAUAGAAGUUUAAUUUCAUUUAGGAAGGGAGAGUGAACGAUUGAAGAUGGAAGAGACCGAUAGUAACUCUCAGAUGGAAUUGGAAAACCCUAGCGAUGGAAAAAGAAGGCCAAAGGUGGUGGUGAUAAUGGGUCCAACUGGUUCAGGAAAAUCAAAACUAGCCAUUGAUUUAGCAACCCACUUCCCUGUUGAAAUUAUCAACGCUGAUUCAAUGCAAGUCUAUCAUGGCCUUGAUGUUCUCACCAAUAAAGUUCCUCUCUAUGACCAAAAGGGAGUUCCUCACCAUCUUCUUGGAACAAUAAGCCCAAAUGUGGAAUUUACAGCUAAAGAGUUUCGAGAUUCUGCUAUUCCUCUUAUCAAGGACAUUCUAUCCCGCAACUGCUUUCCUGUUAUUGUUGGGGGUACUAACUACUAUAUUCAGGCUCUUGUUAGUCCUUUCCUUUUAGAUGAUACAGCAGCAGAAGAUUUGGAUGAUAGCUUUGUGAAUGAGCCUCCUGGAGAUGAGCAGACCGACCAGGUGCCUGAGUUUGAGAGUAAUGGUUUCGAUAGCUAUGAUUAUCUUAAAGAGCUCGAUCCUGUUGCAGCUAAUAGAGUCCAUCCAAACAACCACAGAAAAAUUAAUCAGUACCUCAAUUUGUAUGCUCGCUCUGGUAUUCUUCCUAGCAAACUUUAUCUGGGAAAGGCUGCAGAGAACUGGGGUCGCAUUGAUAAUUGUAGAUUCGAUUGUUGUUUCAUUUGUGUUGAUGCUGCUACCCCUGUGCUGGACCAAUAUGUGGGGCAAAGAGUGGACUGCAUGAUUGAUGCUGGAUUACUUUGUGAAGUUUAUGAUAUUUACAAUCCUUAUGCGGAUUAUACCCGAGGCUUGCAGCAAGCCAUUGGUGUACGGGAGUUUGAAGAUGUUCUGAGAGCUUACCUUUCAGACAACAGGAAUGACGAAGCAAAUGAUUCAACUGAUAAAUCUCUCUUCCUGGUGUCCACAAACAAUGACAAGAUGUUAAAAAAUAAUAUGAGGGAGAUCCUCCGUUCAUCUGAUGAUAACGAAGUCAAAGUUCUUUUAACUGAAGCCAUUGACAAAGUAAAAUUAAAUACUAGAAGACUAGUUCGUCGGCAAAAGAGGAGGAUAACUCGGCUCAACACGUUGUUUGGGUGGAAUAUACAUUAUGUUUAUGCAACAGAAUCCAUAUCAUGUAAAUCAGAUGAAUCAUGGGCUGCACACGUGGUUGAACCAGCUGUUGAAAUUAUCAGAUCUUUUCUAAGGGGGGAUAAGAGUUCUGUGCCUGUCUUGGAGGCUUCUGUUGAUGCUGGAAUGAAAAGGAACCUGUGGACCCAAUAUAUAUGCAAGGCAUGUGGGGAUAAGGUACUUAGAGGAGCUCAUGAGUGGGAACAGCAUAAACAGGGCCGUGGUCAUCGAAAACGGAGUUCUAGGUUUAGGAAGACUCAAGGCCAAGGUUUAACUCUGGCCGAGGGGGAAUAUCUUGACUGUACUUAGUGACCAAGUUUCAAAAUCAUAGAACUCUAGUGAUUAGGUAGAACGAUCUUAGUGACCGCCACUAUAUGUUUUCUGACAGACAGGGUCUAGAAGGAUAGGCCUGCUGGGGGAAGAAUGUAUCAAGGGACUGUAUGCAAUUUGCUACUAUUCCUCAAUUUUUCCAUACAAUGUAGACUGGGAUCUUAACAUGAUGUAAAAUCAGGGCUUGAUAAAAGGGUAGCCCUACCAUUGGCAUUAAUCACAGGCUGUCUUCUUCCAA